CGAGCCAACUUCCAAGAUGGCAGCCCUUUCUCACAACCAUGCCAAGUACCAGGAACGUCUCGACUACAUUCAAGGUCUUCUGGUCAGUCGGCUAGGACUUUUGAAAACAGACGUGGAGGGAACGAAGAUCACGCCGGUCCAGUACGAUCCUGAUUUUCCUUUCAAGUAUAAUAACUUUGUCUACCGCCUCAUUCUUCCCGCCGGGACCCCGGACUGCCUUGGAAGCGAGGGGUGCAAGCUCGAGCAUCUAUCCGGCUGCGUCCCCAUUCCGGCUGGCACCAAGGAAUUUAUACUUCGGCUCAGUAACCCAGAUGCCGAGGGCAUGCACCAAGAAACCCGCGUGCAGAACGAAGUUGCCAUUCUCACUCUCGCCACGGCUGCCCUGCGCCCUGUCAAGCCCGCCGUAGUCCCUCGUGUAUUCGGCUGGGGCGCUGCCGGUUCUGGCCGUACCGGGUGGAUCCUGCAGGAACUGAUGCCUGGAAUGCCGCUCGCCGAAGAGUUUAGCAAGAACAUGUCCAUGGACCAGAAACGGGGGAUACUGGCGCAGAUGGCAAGGUUGGUGAAAGCGCUGCAAGACUACCAGCUUCCUGAGAGCAUCAAGGGCUGGGGGGGACUGACGUUUGAUGAUGCCGGUGCAAUUGUCAGCGCACCCAUGCCAACUGUUGGGGCUGGACCUUGGUCUUCGCUGGAGGACUCCUAUAAGGACCGCCUGAAAGUAGCACUUGCAAGGGCGGAUGCGAAUCCACAUCUUCAAGGUUGGCGUGUCAAUGGGGUCAGGAAGCGGGUGGAUGCUUUCAUCGAGCACGGGCUUCCAGCUUAUUUUGCCCACCUGACUUCAAAGCACGAUAGGGUGAUUGUGCAUGGAGAUUUUGUUCCCGAAAAUCUGCUCUACGACCCGCCAACCGGCCGUAUCACAGCACUGCUCGACUACGAUUUCGCCAGCAUCCAGCAUCCUGGCUACGAGUUUCUCCGCUCCUUCAACACCAACGGUGGCUCAUUUCUCGGUUGGUCCGGUGGGACAAGCCCAGAGGAGCAGGAAGCUGAAGCACUUCGGAAUGCCAAGCUUACCAGCCGAUUUCCUUCACCUCUUCCGGCCCCGGUAGUGUCUGACAACGGUGCGCCAGCGGUCGACUGGGAGCUCGCACAGGCAUGGGAGGUCGAGCUACAGAAGCUAGACGUGAAACGUCCGAGCACAAUUCAGGGGAUCGAUAAACUUGCGGAUGUCGACGAGCUCUUAGGCUCCUUGUUGCCAUUUAUAUUGACCAACGAGGAUUUCCUGAAAAUGAAUACGGACCCGGACCAGAGGAAGGGGAUGAAAGCCAUGAGCGAGAGGAAGCUUGUCGGGUUGCUAGAGCACUUGGGAUUCUAGGUUGGCAACUUUAAAGGAGACACAGCUCAAGCUGAGAGCGUGGCAAG